AUGACAAAACCAGUAACAAACUCGGCGGCAAUCUGCGCCGCGAUUUUGUUCAUCGAGGGCAAUCUCGGAGCGUACCUGACCAAGGCGGGUCAGAUCGCUGCGCUAAACGAUUUUACUGCGACGCAACGCGUGGAAAUGAGUGCAGGUGGCUAUGACCCAUACACGCCGACCGGGGCGGAGCUGCGGAGCUUGCUGAAAUCGACCGUCAUGCACAGAAGAACUCAAGGCGGCACGAGCACAAACGAUGAAGGAGCAGUCACACAGCUAUUCACGAUUGGUCGCUCUCUGUAUAGGUAUGACUAUCUCAGACGUCUCAACCUUCCUUCACCGACAUUUCCUCCGCCGACAGUUCCUCCGCCAACAGUUCCUCCACUGACACCACCAACAACACCCUCUGUCAAUCCGAUCAUGCAAAACACAAACCCUACAAUCAAUCAUACGAGGAUCGGCAGCUCGUCAUCCAUGCAAACACCCUCGCAAGACUUACAGAUUGGAGCUGAGAAGAGACCACGUUCCCGUGAUGAUUCUGACAACGCUCUGCAAACCAACGUGUAUGGAGAAGAUGGGCCAGCACCCAAGAGAUCUAAAGCAUCUCCACCACCCACAGACGAUGUCACAGCAGCGGCGCAGGAGGUACGGCCAGACAACGCCGGUAGUAACGACCACCGCAGCAAGAAAGGUAAAGCUGCUGACAUCAGGACUUCUCGGUCUAGUAAUGACUUUGCACGCCUCCAUCAGGCCAUCGAAAGCACUGCAGGCUUCAUCUUUCCGGGUGAUUUUGCAGACCAGCUUGCACAGCCAGAUCUCCAUCCAUGCUCUGGACUGAAAGACUUGUACGAUCUGAUUCUCGCAACUGAAGAAGGUGGAUGGAAGUCUGUGGCGCUUGAUCUCCAGAACAAGCGAGUCUUGACAGGGCAUGUACUCUUUCAAAGCUUGCUUUGGGCCUAUGUGGAGAUCUUCAUACUGGGAGACCAGUCCGACUUCUCUGAUCUACACCAAUUGCUGGAUGCAAGCAAGGUCCCUGGUAGAUGUGUUGAUCAAGUCCUUAGGUCUCAGCACGGUCUCAACAUGGCCAACUUCCGGCAUGAUAUCUUCGCAGCUCAAUCAGACGAUGAGCUAUUCCAGCGCGAGACUGUGGCUCCGAAAGCGGCCAUCUUGGCGAACGAUCUGAUGCUCAUUCUCGCUGGCCACAUUGACCAGAUCGACAAGAGUAGGCUUCCUCAUGACUGGUGCAAAGACCUGUCAGCCAGGCUCAAGGCCAUCUGCCACGAUGCGCUCUUGCUCCUUGAGAGACUGAGGGCGCAGCUCAGGGAGUGGAAUCUCUCCAGGUUCGAGAGUGGAGAAGAUCCGUCAGGAGAAGAAUUGAUGACGCAUCCCAGGUUUUCUUCUGGCCGGUUAGUCGCAUUCACGAUAAUGCCAGGUUUGGAAUUUAAUGACGCGAGGACCGGCACUAGAAAAUAUCGACCUGCGCCCCUGGUCGCUAUGGACGGGGAGGAUGCCUAG